AUGCUGGGGCUGGCGGCGGGGCUGCUAGCGGCGGCCGCCGUGGCGCUGCUGCUGGACUGGUACGGGCCGCCGGGGGCGCCGCCGGCCCCGGGGCAGCGCCGCCGCUGGGCCCCGCAGCCCGCGCCCGGGGCGACCGCCGCCAGCCUGCUCUGGGUCGUGCAGGUUUCAGAUAUUCAUAUCAGCAAAUUUCGGGAUCCCAAACGAGCUCCUGACUUUGAGAAAUUUUGUUCAGAAACAAUUGAUGUAAUUCAGCCAGCACUUGUUCUAGCAACAGGUGAUCUGACAGAUGCUAAGACAAGAGAUAAACUGGGAUCUGAACAGGUAGAAGAUGAGUGGAAAACUUAUCAGUCAAUCCUGAAGAGAUCAAGGGUCACGGAAAAAACCAAGUGGAUAGACAUCAAAGGGAAUCAUGAUUCAUUCAACAUUCCACGCCUGGAUAGUGUUCAGAAUUAUUACAGGAAAUACUCUGCCUGGCAUAAAGAUGGCUCUUUCCAUUACAUCCACACUACCUCUUUUGGGAACUAUUCAUUCAUCUGCGUGGAUGCCACACUCAGCCCAGGCCCUAAAAGACCCUAUAAUUUUUUUGGGAUUUUAAACAUGAAUCAAAUGGCAGAGCUGUCUUCGAUGGCAACAGAAAGUCUACACAGCAACCAUACUAUCUGGUUUGGCCACUACCCCACCUCCACAAUCAUCUCCCCAUCCCCUGGAAUACGAACACUAAUGAGUUCUGCCACAGCCUAUUUAUGUGGACAUCUCCAUACAAUGGGUGGGCUGAUGCCAGUCUUGCACAGUCAGCACCGUGGUGGCACUCUGGAACUUGAAUUGGGAGACUGGAUGGAUAAUAGGAGAUACAGGAUCCUCGCGUUUGAUCAUGACCUCCUCAGCUUCGCAGAUCUCAACUUUGAAGAGUGGCCUGUAGUUCUCAUCACCAAUCCCAAAUCCUUCCUUUACAGCAGUUCUACUCAUGAACCACUAGUCAAAAUUCUUUAUUCCACUCAUAUCAGAAUUCUGGCAUUCUCUCCUUCUGUCAUUGUCUCUGUCAAAGUCUACAUAGAUGGAGUUCACCUGGGGAAUGCACAUCAGGUGUCUGGCCCUCUCUAUGUGCUGAAGUGGAGCCCACAAAACUACAGUGAAGGGUUCCAUCACAUAGAUGUGACUGUCCAGGAUGCUUCAGGAAGAAUUGGCACACGGGGCCAUUUAUUUGGUAUGGAAGAAAACCUCUCUCUUAGAUUUGACUUUUGGUCAUCUGUUAUUCUUCUCACUGACCACUAUGUUCUAGCCCGAGUGCUCUUUGGACUGACUGUGCUGAUUCAGAUUACCUUACUUGUUGUUUUCCGACACCUCCAAAAGCCAGCACUCAAAGGAAAGCCGGGAUUACUUACUCUGACUUCAUAUUCUCUUCAUGUCUUCAGUAAAACAAACACCUUCUAUUACUCAAUUCUGGUUCUGAAUUUAUACACCAUUCUGGGACCAUGGUUUGUAGGUGAACUGAUAGAUGGCCAGAUGGGGGCCUGUUUUUCCUUUGGAGUGUUUGUUGGUGGUUCCUUCUUACAGGGCAGUAUGACAUUUGUGGUUGGGAUUUUACAGAUGCUGUUUUUCAACCUGCCAUUGAUGGCCUAUCUGUGCUGGUGCCUGCUGCUGCGCUGCCGUGGCCACAGCUUCCGUUCCCACCUCCGUCACGUGCGCCGCCUCGUGGCUGUGCCUGUUCACCUGGCAAUGGUGCUGCUCCUGGCCUGGCAGGUCUACUCCUGCUACUUCCUGCAGCGCACUUACGGCACCUUGGCCUUCUUCCUGUCCCCAAUGAGAACGUGGCUGGUGCUACUGACCGCAGCUCUCAUUUAUAAAACCUGGACACUGAAAUCAUCACAGCUCAGAACUUACAUAACAGAGAUAAAAAACUGUCAAAGCUCCUGAAGUACAAUAUAAGUACUCCAAAUUCUGUCUUAAAAAACUGUCAAGGUACAACCUUAUCAUUUUGUGAUGCUGGAAUUCCAUACACCCCACCAUUAAGUGGUAGGACCCAAAGCUGCACCUGCACUGCUACGGAACUGUAUUAAAUAGUUAAUGUACAAUAUGUUAUACACACUUUUCUUCUAUUAUACAACAUACUGUAUAAUACAUGUUAUAUAAUACAGUUAUGGAUUAUACAUCAGUACAGUCAACUUUGGAAUAAUCUCAUCAAUGAGGUUUUUUUAGUGAUACAAAGAUAGAUAUGUCCAUAUGGAUCACAAAUGGAAAUGUUUGCCUAUUACUACUGCGAAUAGAAAAAUAAUUAAUUAUUGAUUUUUAUAAUGCUGCAAAAUAUGAGCAUAGGACCUGAUGAGCUUCUGGAUUUGUGAUCCUUUGAUUUUUAUUUCAGGGUUGACAUGUGUUUUUACAAGACUAGACCAGAUGUCUUUAUGAAGUAAUAGUGAUUGCAAAGGUGCUGUAGUGGCCUUCACAGCCAGAGUCCUAUGCCCAUACAUGUUUUCAGUUCAUAAUGCUGUAUACAAGCAGAUCACAGGUGUGUGUAUGUAUUUGUGUUCAUGUUUACCUGAGCUGUGGCCUAUAGCUCUUGCCCUGGGAGUGCUGGCUGACUAACAGGCUGACUCUCUGGAAGGAAGGAGUUUCAUUUUGCACUACUAAGGCUGCCAGUCCUGCCACCCAUGACUGGUGAAAGGACAGUGAAUUAUCAGUGGUGCUGGGGUUUUCAGCUUCAAGGCAAAGAACGGAGACACUAGCCUCAGGAUGGGAGAGACUGUAGGAAUACUAUGGUCUGAUGCCUGUAAAGUCUGUCAUUUCUGUUUUUCUGGGUCUCAGCUGUGUUUCUGGGUCUUGGCCAAAUGCACCAAAGAGUGACCUAAGAAAACUUAUUUCUUUGUUUUCACUUUUUUCCUAAGUUCAAAAAUUAUAGAACAGUUAGUUACAAUAAUGAAGAAUGCAAUGAUCCAGAGCCAAGAAAACUGAGGUGCCUUGAUCUAUAAAGAACACUGCAUUGCUUCACAAAAGACCAGCUGUGAGUGGAACAUUUAGGUAAUUUUACAGUAACUUACUUAUGGCUUCUCAAGAAAAAAAGAAGGCUAAUUUAUUUAUGGUCCCUUUGGAAAAAAACAGCAGCAACUGUAGUAGAACACAGAAAAAUAAAUCAGAAGAAAAUAUUGAUUACAACAAGGACUUUUGUUAUUUCUAACAAGCGACAGUUUUCCUGUUCCUUCAUUUCUGUUCCUCAAUGAUAUAGGAAAAUAGUAAUGUAAUACUACUAAUAAUCUAAUGUCUUCAAUGUAAUAGGAAAAAGAGCGAGCACCCAUUUACAUGAGGUAAAUACACUGUUAAGAGAAUAAAGAAUGUAAUUUGUUGCUACAAAAGUUUGUUUUGCAAAGCUGUUAAAAAAUCAGAGAUGGCACAAAAUUUAUUUGUGAGAUGCAAUACUGAAAAAUUGAUAAUAAAAUGACAAUUUUUCACAAUUAAAUUACUUUUAUGUUAUUACAGAGAACAGGAAGUGGCAAUAAUAUACUUCAUAUCUUUUGACUUGUUACCAUUGUUAAAUAUAACAUUACCCAAUACUUUUACCCUUAGGCUGGUCUCUCCAAUAGUGUCUGCACUGCACACACUUGAACCCACUGUUUGAUUAACCCCCCACACUGACCAUUCAUGCAUGCUUGUGUGGAGGCUGAUUUUUUUUUUAAUUUUUUUUUUUUUAAGAAGAGAAACCAAAGUGCACUUACCAGUCUAGAAAAUUCUGGGGGUCCAGGAAAGCUGACACACAACCUCCUUUGGUUUCCUCUGCACUUUUGUAACAACAGCUACUAUAAACUGCAGUAGGAAACAUUUAUGUCUGGGCUGGAAAGGUCUUUUCAUGGUGUUGGUGACAUUUUGCAUGAAAUCCUGACAUGUACCUGGACAAUUCAGCACUAAGUACUAAUAGGUGCUCUUAUGAAAAACACCAUGUUUUUCUCAUUGUCAGUGAAGAAGACAAAAAGGAGACAAGAAACAAGAUCAACUAAAAAAAAGCAAAACUAAACCAACCCAACCAAAAAAAAGAACCAACCCCAAAACAAUCAGGAAAGGGAUGAAAAUGGAAGGGAAAAAAGCAGAAGGGAAGAAAAUGAAAUAUAGGGCAGACAACAGCAAUACUUCAAGGUACAAAGGGAAAUGAGAUGGAAAUGAGAUGGAAAUGGAAAUGCACAAGACUAAUAAAUAAAAAGCAGAAGAUUGGCUUAACCAAAACUAAGGAAAAAAGGUGUCUCUGCCCAAUACUGUUUACAUUUUAUUAUCCUUUGUAAAUACUUAUUUAUAAAGAUUGUAGCUGAACUGCCUUACUGUGGUCCUGUGGUCACAAUGUCACAUGAAGACAGACAUGCAUAAAAGUUCACAAAAAGCCCCUAACAGCUCUAGGUCAGUUUUGAAACCACAACAAUGGGGGCUGGAGUAAUAGAGCAGUGAAGAGUUCUCAGGAAUAGAAUGCUAAGUGAAGAGGCUCCAGGAACAGAAUACUAUAAAUCCUUAUUUAGUUAACAACCAAUUUUUCAAAGAGGCUCAAGCAGACACUGUAACAGAAUACAAAUUAAAUAGCAACUUGUUAGCUGUUAGAAGGAAAAUGUAACUUAGAAUUACCUUUGAUGACUGUAAUACUCAGAGACAUCUCCCCCCCACCCCACACUUCCUCCCCCAGAAAAUUUAAAUUUGUCUGUGUAAAUGAUAAUAUAAUGCACUGCACCCAGACUUGCACAUGUGCAUUAGGAAUUUUGUCAUAGGCAUCAGUAAUUAAGCAUGAGUGACUAUUAGUCAGUAUUUAUAUGACUCUUCCCUUGACACCUUUUUGAAUAAAAGACUGUACUUGUUUCCUAGAAAUUGUGCCAGGGCUCUGUGAGUUACAGGAGCUGCUGUUCCGUGUACAUGGAAAAACUGCUGGAUUAUGCCAGAAAGUCAAGAUGACCUAAAGAGAUCAGUAGAGGAACAAAGAAACAAGGACCCCAGCCAAUAGGUUCUAAGGGGCCCAUCUUAAAUCAAGAAGGUAAACAAGAUGGUGAACUGCUUUGGCUCAGAAAUGGUGUUCUUAGAGAAAAAGUAAAUCUGGAAGUGCAAGCUCAUGACCAGGGACUCAAGAAACCCACUGACUCAAAAGAUGAGCAGUUAUGCACACACAGACCUUGUUAGCAAAUAUGAUGCCAGUCAAUUAUGAGUAAAAAUGAGUGUGUAUUAGAGAGAGAGGCAAAUGGACACAUUCCAAGAUGGCUUUGUGGAAUUAAUACCUAGCACCCAAACAGGAAAUAAACCAAAUAUCUUGGCUCUGGGCCAGAUACUGGCUUUACACUGCAGGUACUGAAUCCUGUUUGAGGAACACCACCAGCUGUGUUGAUGGAGAUAAGAAACAGAUGUAUGGGUGUGUUUUUGGGAAAAGGAGAACAGCUUGACCUAAAAAACACGGAAUGCAAUAAAGGAAAACUAAGACAAUGAGAUAAAAGGAAAGAGACUGAUUAUGAUGCUGACAUCUCAAGAGACAGAAAUAAUUAACCAUUUGCCCAGAGAGUUACAGGUCUUGCCUUAUUGUUGUAAAAUGUGAAUUAUGUAAAAAUUCGCUUAAGAAAGGAUGUUAUUUGAUAUUUGAUAUUUAUAUAUUUUCAAGCCUAAUUAACAAGAGAGAAGAUACAACCCACAAAGCAGGUAGCAGCUAACAAGCAAGCUGUAAGUGAUGCCCAGGUGUUAAAGACAAAGUACUUGUUGGCCUCCUUAAAGUUCAGGGCUUGACGUGCUUGAUCUCGGGCCUAGUGGGAAGUUUGCAAAGUUUGGGAAGAAUGUACUACUGACAGAGGACACAAAGAGUGCAGGGUUUAUAGGCCAUAAGGACAUCUGGAAGAACUCCCAUGAUAAGGAAGAAACUAAUAAAGAACUCAGCAACUGUGCUGAAAUUGGCUCUGACUGGAUAAAGGUAAUUCUGACACAGGCAGAUCUCAACCACCGAGUCAAGAAACCCACCAACCCAAAAGAAGUGAAAGAGUGGGCAUAUGGACUAAUUACCAUGAGAAGCAACCUCCAAAGCAUACUGGAUUUUUCUUACUUUUCUUAUUUUUCUUAUUUUUCUUAUUUGUCACCCUUUGUUAAAUGACACCUCUCACAGUAUAAAAUAUAU